AUGCGCCUCCUUGCACUGAUUCAGCGACACCACGGCCGUCGUGUAGUCGUGCCCACAGUCACCAACUUCUGCAACGAGCCUGUUUAUGUAAACGAGAAGGAAGAGGCUGGCGGCACGGUCUUGAAGACUGGCGAGGUCUUUGUGACGAAAAUCAAGUCCAGAAAAGGCGAUAAUUGGUCGUAUUUGUGUCUGACAGCCAGCAAAGAAUCUCCCUAUGGCGAAGAUCCUAUUACCUUUCGCUAUUCGCACGCAUCAUGCCCCAAGUUUAUCAAUGGACAGAGUGUGCUCUAUACCAAAACCAAACAAAUUGGAAAGCGCUGGGACAUUGGGCAUAGCGGCCGGUCCCAAGUCGACUGCGCAAAGCCCGCACCCUACUAUGAAGAUCUCACAAUGUCCGCGAAUAAUCCGGAGAGAGACCGCAUGCUCACCGGCUUCGGGUUCGGCUCUGUUUGCGAGUCGGAUUAUAAGAUUGGGGAACGUAUACGCAUGACGCUCAGGAUGUGCAGCGAAAACGCGCCGUCCAAGGCAUAA